AAGAUGGCGGUGGCCGUGCGGAGCUUACAAGACCAGAUCGAAAAAGCCAAAGAAAGCUUGAAAAAUGUCGACGAUAAUAUUCGUAAAUUAACUGGGCGUGAUCCCAAUGAAUCCAGACCGGGCCAGCUGCGCCGGUUCAGUGGUCCCAUGGCAGGCCUCCAAGUUGCCGCAUUGGGAGGAGGAGGUAGAGGAAGAGGAUUUAACCUGCUCAGGCGCAGUCUCUCUGACAUUGGAGGCGGUGGCCCUCCUGCUAAGCAGAGGGACAUCAACGGAGCUCUGUUAAGGCUGGCAGGCGACCAGAGGGCCAAGAGAGACGCGCGUCACGACAGCGACGCCGAGGAUGACGACGAUGUCAAAAAGCCGGCGUUGCAGUCGUCUGUUGUAGCUACCUCCAAGGAGAGAACACGCCGGGACCUCAUUCAAGAUCAGACCAUGGAUGAGAAGGGAAAACAGAGAAAUCGGCGCAUGUUCGGCCUGCUCAUGGGGACCUUGCAAAAAUUCAAACAGGAGUCUAAUGUUUGUACAGAGAAGCAAAAGCGGCGCUCCGAGAUCGAGCAAAAGCUCGAAGUUCAGGCUGAAGUCGAGAAGAAGAAAUUGGAAAGUGAGAAAAGAGAGUUGUUUGAAGAGAGGAGAGCCAAACAGACUGAGCUGAGACUACUCGAACAGAAAGUCGAAUUGGCUCAGUUGCAAGAGGAGUGGACCGGCCACAAUAACCACCUGGUGAAAUUCAUUCGCACCAAGGCCAGGCCACACAUCUUCUACCUCCCUGGGAAGAUGUGCUCUGCCACCCAGAAACUCCUCGAUGACUCCACCAAGAAACUAAAUGCUGUGUUUGAAGAACGGCGUGAAGCAUUCACAGAACACAUCAACAAGAUGGAGUCCCGACCGCGGCGACAGCCGAAUCGUGACCAGGACGGCAGCUCUGCGGCGACAGGGAAGGACCACUCGGCGGAGGGUAAGCCAGCAGGUCAGGUAGACAAGGUGACAGGUAACAAGAGGGCUGCCAGGAUUGAGGAGAACGAGGAUGAGGAGGAUGAGGAUCAGGAAGAGGAGGAAAAAGAGAAAGAGGGAGAUGGAGAACAGGGGGAGGCUGCAAAGGUCACAGAGAAGGUAGAGCUAGAGGAAGGGGAGAGUAGGGAAGGGUUAAAUGAGGAUGAGGCAAUGGAGUUUGAGGAAGUGGGGAAUGGGGAAAAGGAUGGGGAGGAGAAGGAGAAAGAGGUGUGUGAGGAAAAAGAGGAGGAGGCAGCUCCAGGAUCAGAGAAGAUGGAGGUGGAAGGAGGGAAAGAGCAGGGUGACACCAAUAAAAUGGAGCAGGACGAAGACAGUAAAGAGGGUCCCUCUGACCUUGAAACUGAAAAGACUGAGAUCACCUCUCCGUCGGAACCGGUCGUGAGCCAACAAGAGGCGUCUAACAGUGCUCAGCUUAGCCCGACCACCCCCAACCCGGAGGCCCCGUUGUCUGAGCCCCAGGAAGCGUCUCCGGCCUCAACGUCCAACACGCCAGGGCAGGAGCCAGCCGUCCCAUCCUCUGUGGUCCAGGAUUCCGGCGACCACAACGAAGCCGAGCAGAGGCAAUCCGGGGAUGAAUUGGCCGCGAAGCCUCAGCUCGAUUCACAGGACGCGGCCGGUGAUCCGGCGGAACUUUUGAAGGGAGAGGAAGAUCCCGCCAGGGGGAGGAAGAAGGCGAAAGAGUCGAAAAAAGGCCGCACCAAUAGUCGCAGCUCCUCUUCUUCCUCCUCUGGCUCAUCGUCCAGCGGAAGCUCUUCAUCAUCUUCCGGUUCGAGCCGCUCGUCAUCCUCGUCGUCAUCCUCGUCGUCCUCGUCCAGCAGCCGAAGUCGCAGCCGGGACAACGGCAAGCGCAGCAGGAGGCCGUCGGGCAGAGAGAAGAAGAAGGAAGAGCGGAGUCAACGCAAAAAGGGAGGGAGUAGUGGAGGAGGAAGCAGGGAUGCCAAGGAAGGGAAGAAGAGAAGGAGCGAUGAAGGCAAGAGCAGGUCAUCUCGGAGUGAUAGAGAACAUAAAGAUAGAGAGAGGAAGGACAAAAGACGCUAA